AGGUCAUUUUUUGAUUUUAUCAAUAGUUAUUUAAUGCCACGGAAAAAACCACCGAAAACCGACAAGAACUGACAAACCGACUCCGCUCAGAAUCGUUUUUCUUAUACAAUGAUAUUAUAUCAUUGAAUUCAAGUAUAAUACAAUCCAUAAUACAAUGACCCACUUUUAACCUACUGUACAGCAGAGCGACAUCCACUUGCCUGCUUUUUUAAUUUUAAUCUCAACUUACAUUUUUUGAUAUUAACUUAAUAGGUUUAAAAUAUUGGUUAACUUGCCCCCAUCCUUGUCAAAUGUACCGCAAACUGCAACGACGUUACUAAAUAUUGUACAUAUUGAAUAAUUUAAGUCUUCACACGACUAGUUAUAAUUUUGUCACAAUUAUAAUAAAAAAAUAUUAAUAUAUAUAUAUAUAUAUAUCAUAUAAUAUUACAUACAUAUCUAUGAUUUACCAUACUUAUUAGUUAUUAGUUAUUACUAUCACAUCUCUUUUCUCUGCAACUUUACACCCCCAAGCACUUCCCUAGUUGCGCCUAUGGGCUAUGACUGGCACUUCAACAAUCAAUGCUGUUUAAAUAUUUUAAAAACUAAAUCUAAUGAUAGCAAAAGCAUGUAAGAGUUAAAAUGAUUUUAACCCAUCGUGAUUAUGCCACCCGACGAUGGUUGAGUAUUAUAAAAAUAUAAAUCGAUACAAUAGUGAUCGUAUAGUGAACGUUUUGUAGUUCAACACCACUGCCUCCCCUCACAAAAUAGACCAUGAAGUGAAACUUCUUUACGGAGGCUACAGCUGGACAAAACUGAAUAAUCGCUUAUCACAACAGUUUUUCGAAAAAAAUUGGUUUUGACAGUGGUCUUUAAAUCACCCACACAUCGUAGAGCCGACGGAAAUGGUUUAUGUUACCUCACCAACAGGUUGUGGUCGAGUACCUAGAGGUAAAUUUAAAAUUUAAAAUAUCCCUGAACACGAGUGUCUGAGUGGUUUAGCGUUAUGAUUACCCCCCUCCCACACCAUAAACUUAAAGCCAGAAUCGAUUGAGCCUAACGCGAAGCUUAUCGUAGAGCGACGGGACUCAGACCAAACGUUUUGGUAUAACCUCGCGAAAAGAAAGAAGUUUCACUUCAAAUCCGUGAGUUUAUAUACUCGCAGCACUCUUUUUUUAUUUAUUCAGCUUGCGUCUACUGCGCUGUUUAUAUAUUUGCCUACUAUGCAGGUUUGCGCGUUUACAGGAAAUAUCGGCACUGUUACGCGCGGCAUCACAAACGAUCCGCCAACCCGACGUUCAGGUACCGGCCGCACGUGUCGGAGUGCGCAUCGCCGUCCUCCACCGUGGCUGCCGCCAACGACGACGGCUGCGAAGAAUCGCGACGGCAGUCAACCGAACAACCACCGGUGCAGCGGCAGUUACCGGCAUCGCAGAUGCCACCGACCACGACACUGCCACCAUCGACGCAACCUCUAACGCUGCCAUCAUUGACGCCACCUCCAUCACCUACUUCACCAGCACCACAACCACCAGCGCGCACCAACGGCUGGCCCCCGGGCCACGGGCUACACAAACACCUGUUGAUGAUCACCGGGCAGGUGUACCAGGAGUUCAUAAGUGAGUGUUCUGUAGCGGAACAGGCGCGUGACCUCCACGAACUCGGGUCGAAGCUCGAGCGACGGCCCGGGCUGUUCGGCGUCGGUGACUUCGUGCUGGUCCAGGUGGGCACGGGCUGGCGGCUCAACGUCCAGCUGCUUGACGUGCUGGUCGAGAGGCUGGGAAAUGUGUCCAUGUACGCGGACAAGAAGUACUACAGCAAAACGAUGACCAAACACUGCCGAAACAUCGGCGACCGGUGCACGCUGCUCGCCAACAUGGUGCCCGUCAUCGAGCAGCUGGAGCUUCGCCAGGAAUUCCUCAUCGGCGGUGGCGGUGGUGGCGGCAUGUACGACCCCGACUGGAUUCCGGUGCCCGCUGUUCCGCCCCUGCCCCGCAACUUCACAGGUGACACCGAGAAGCAAAUUGAAUACCUGACGUGGCGGCUGUGCGUCCGGGACAGGCGACAAAAUUUCUACUACAAACUCGACCAGGACUCGCCGCGGUCCCCCUUGAGUGAUCAAAGCGAUAUCGCCGAGAGUGACAAUGUUGUCUUCGAAACCAGCUUGUCACUCACCGACAUACUACCGAUCAAUCCAAAAAACUACGACAAAAACCGUGCGCCAAAAGUACAAGGGCAACCAACUAUUGUUUACUUCCACGUCACCGUGCUGUCUUUGGAUUCCAUUAACGAAGAAUCCAUGACGUACGUGGCGGACAUAUUCUUGGCGCAAAGCUGGCGGGACCAGAGACUCCGGCUCCCGGAAAAUAUGAGUGAAGACUACCGCAUACUGGAUGUUGAAUGGUUGCACGACAUAUGGCGACCCGAUUGUUUCUUCAAAAAUGCGAAAAAAGUCACGUUUCACGAGAUGAGCAUACCCAACCAUUACUUGUGGUUGUACCACGACAAGACGCUGCUGUACAUGUCAAAAUUGACGUUGGUAUUAUCGUGUGCGAUGAAAUUUGAAUCGUAUCCACAUGACACACAAAUAUGUUCAAUGAUGAUCGAAAGCCUGUCUCACACAACUCACGAUUUGGUUUUUAUAUGGAAUAUGACAGAUCCAUUAGUGGUAAAUCCAGAUAUCGAAUUACCUCAACUCGAUAUAUCAAACAAUAUAACUACCGAUUGCACAAUAGAAUACUCAACAGGGAAUUUCACAUGUUUGGCCGUGAUGUUCAAUUUACGAAGACGCUUAGGGUAUCAUUUAUUUCACACGUACAUUCCAUCGGCGCUCAUCGUUGUCAUGUCGUGGAUUUCGUUUUGGAUAAAACCCGAGGCCAUACCAGCUAGAGUGACGUUGGGCGUGACUUCUCUAUUGACGCUCGCCACUCAAAACACUCAGUCACAACAGUCCCUGCCACCUGUAUCCUAUGUGAAAGCCAUCGACAUAUGGAUGUCUUCGUGUUCGAUUUUCGUUUUUCUAUCCUUGAUGGAAUUCGCCGUCGUCAAUAACUACAUGGGACCGGUGGCGACCAAAGUGAUGAAAGGAUACUCAGAAGAAGACAUCCGAGGAGGCGACGAUUUCAAGGAACUGGACCCGAAAAACCGAAGUCCAAUCAGAAGUGUGGCCACCGUGGCCGCGGCACCGCAGUACCCGACUUUCUGCAAUGGCCGCGCAAUCGCACUUUACAUCGACAAGUUCUCACGGUUCUUUUUCCCGUUUUCGUUUUUUAUCCUCAACGUCGCCUAUUGGACAUCGUUUUUGUAAGUGAGGUGCCUAGCCUAUGGAUUUUUACAUUGUCCGACGUAAUAUGACUUAUAAUACUCGUCACACGACACAUUCUUGUUAAACGACGUCUACAUACAUCAUCGCUGAUGUACAUUAUUGUCGCCGUCAAUAUACCUAACGUCGAUGCAAAAUGUGUGCAUUUCACUAUUACUGUUACUUCUCGAACGUGUCCUUGGAAACUAUAGUAGAUAUUACAUUAUAUAUAGACGCAAUAGAAAUUACUCGAAAUUGACAUUUUUUAGAGGCAACCUAGUUUGAUAUUCGGAUUUUAUCCACUUGAAAACCCUGAUAAAUGCAUUAUUAAUUAAUUUACUGCCAUAUUUUUUAACUAAGUACGAGUAUAAAUACUGAAAUACUAGUAAACACUAAAUUAGCCCCCCUCCCAGGUUCAACCCUUACAAAACUCGGGGGCUAUCUUUGGCCCCUUCGUCACGCCUCUAUUAAUAGGUGGACCUUCCCCUACCUACCUAAAACUAUGCUCUACUAAUGAAAUUAUUAUUUUUUUUUUUUUAGUAAAACAUAUCAUAUUAUAUUAAGUUGCUGUAAUAAUAUAAUAUAAUUGUGUAAUUAAUUGAUA